AUGGCGACGAAUCCACCUCCAGAAAUCCCGGCGGAGCAGCCGCCUGUGGCAUCGCAGGCAGCCGGCGAGCAGCAGCCUGAAGAGGAACAGCCGGCGCCUCUGCCCGAGCCCAAGGCCGUGACGCGCAAGGACAUACCACUGAAGGACUUUUUGGCCAAGAUGGACGACUAUGCACCAAUUAUUCCCGACGCCGUGACCAACUACUACAUGACGCGAGCGGGCCUCCCGCCGCCGCCGCAGACGGACCAGCGCCUCGCGCGGCUGCUGGCUCUGGCGACACAAAAGUUCAUCGCCGACAUCGCGGCCGACGCCUACCAGUACAGCCGCAUCCGCGCCUCCAACUCGUCGGCCAGCAACAACCCCAUGGGCCACCUCGGCGCCGCCGCCGGCUUCCCCGUUCCCGGCCAGCCCGGCGGCGUCCCGGGCGGUGCCGGCGGUGCAGGUGGCGGAGGAGGUGCCGGUGGCAAGGAUGCCGGUCGUGGCCCGCCUCUCGGAGUGCAGAGGCCCGGCUACGGCGGUGGCGGCCAGGGCGGCGGCCAGAACAGAACCGUGCUGACCAUGGAGGACCUGGGCAUGGCCGUCGGCGAGUACGGCGUCAAUGUCAAGAGGAGCGAGUUCUACAGGUGA